UUUUUUUUUAAACAGGUGCCUUUUCCUGCCCCUCCUUCUGAGCCUGGAGUAGGAUUUUUUUUUAUUUUUUUCUGGAAGGAAGUUACGAAUACGUGCAAGGUGUACAUCGCAGAAGUGGAUUUUAAGAGAAGAAAACAAGAUUUUAUAAUUAUAAUAAACCGAAGUGAUUUUGGGCUAUGUGAUAAAGUGUGUGAAAGGAGAGGACUCUUUUUCUGGACACAAUGACUGAGGAGCUCUUCUGUAAAGUUGUCUCUAUUGUAAUUAAGUGCAAGGAUUGUGAAGACAGAAGGGCUGGUGUACGGCUUACUGUUGAAACACAUUCUUCCUCAAACCCUAUACAUAAAAAGGAUUUAGUUGUUAGACUGUCUGAUGAUACGGAUCCAUUUUUUCUGUAUAAUCUCACUCUAGGGGAGGAAGACUUUCAAAGCUUAAAAAACCAACAAGGAUUGUUAGUGGAGUUUUCGGCAUUUCCUCAGCGAUUCAUAGACCUCUUAGAACAAUGCCUAGCAGAGCAAGAAAAAAAUGUACCUAGGUUUUUACUCCAGCUGUUAUCCUCAUCAAAUGGAUUGGAUUGUAUGCCUGCAAGCCUAAAUAUAAUUGAAACAAAUCCAUUCAAGCACCUCGUUCACCUUUCCUUAAAACUUUUAGCAGGAAAUGACAGUGAUGUAAAAAAGUAUCUUGCCACCUGUAUGAAGAAUGUAAAGUUGGAAAAUUGUACGUUAAAGGAAAAACUGCAAAAGACUGAAGAGGAUCUGUCAAGAAGACUUUGUGUAACUCAACAAGCUUUGGCAGAUAAGUCUAAAGAAUUGGAUAAGCUGAGAAACGAAUGGACAUCCCAGAGUACUUUAUUAACUAGCAGGCAUACACAAGAAAUAACCGCUGAAAGAGAGAAAGCUUUACAGAUUCAAACACAGUACCAACUUCAGUAUGAAAAACAAAAGAAGGAAUUGGAAUCCUCAAGCAGCAGAACUAUACAGCACUUAGAAGCCAGAGUAACUGAAUUGGAAGCAACAAAUAAAGACCUCACAGAAAGAAAAUAUAAAUCAGAAUCUUGUAUACGCGAACUUAAAGGCAAACUUGCUGGUUUGGAAGAGGAGUACCACAGGAUAAAACAAGAAGUUGCGUCCUUUAGACGGGAGAAUGCAACUCUGGAUUCUGAGUGCCAUGAAAAAGAAAAGCUUAUAAACCAGCUUAAAACAAGGACGGCAGUUCUAGAGCAGGAAGUGAAGGAUAAAGAGCAAGUGGUUAACAGAACUGUAGAUGCUUGUGAAAAUGCCCAGGAGCACAAGAAAAAGCUAGAAGAAUCCCUGGAACUAAAACAGCUGCAAACAGGCAAGCUGGAAGCAACUGUUAAAUCUCUUUCUGAAGAACUUAUCAAAGCUAAUGAGAUUAUCAAAAAGCUGCAGACAGACAUGAAGAAAUUAAUGGAGAAAAUAAAACUUAAAAAUGCAGUCACAAUGCAGCAAGAGAAACUUCUUGGAGAAAAAGAUCAAGCAUUACAGAAAGAGACAUUGGAGCUGACAAAUAUUAAGCAUGCUUUGAAAAUAAAGGAGGAAGAGGUAUUAAAGUUGCAGGAGCAACUGGAUAGCACAGUUCAGAAACUAGAAGAAAGCAAGCAACUGUUGAAAACAAAUGAGAAUGUCAUCAACUGGCUGAACAAGCAGCUGAAUGAAAAUAAAAUUGCAUCUUUACAAGGGACACAAGCAUUAUAUGAAAUACCAUCUUCUAUUAAAGCAGUCAGCACAACUUCAAACUUGGGAGUCAUGCAAAAUAGUCAGGUUCGCAUCAACCUAAACCUCCCUUCUGAUUGUACACCUGUUACAGAACAGAGAUCCAUUCCUACAACAUCUACUCCAAUUGUGCCGCCUACCUCAUGUGAUCCAGUUGGUUUGGAUAUGAAAUAUCUAAAGAAGAAUGGGUGUGUUCCUGCCAAAGGGCCAAAAGUCGGAAACGGCCAUACCACAGUUCCUGCUAGACCAACAUUAACAAAAUCUGGGUCUUCUCCAAUUCUUUCAGCUUACUUCCCAGGACAGCAGCCCCGACUUCCUGCUUCUUAAAAAAAUAAAAUAAACAUUAUGCAUAUUGUUAUUUGUUCAGAACUGUGGUCAAAACUGCCAAAAAGUCAAUUUAUAUCCAAAUUGAAUGGAAAAUUGUACAGUGUUUUGCAUAGACUUUUUACAAAAUGUUAAAUUUAAAAAAGUCCAAAUAUCAGAUAAGUAAGAGUAGAAUUGUGUAAAAUAUGGUUAUAAAUGUUUGAAAAUUGUUAUUAUACCAGAAAGCCAUAUUGUGGCAUUUUAGUCAUUACAUCUUAAUGACUUCUUUUUUUUUUUCAUUUGUAUAUGUGUGUUAUACGUGUGCUUCAAAAGAAAACUAUACUACAAGAAUAAUAUUCUUCACAUAAUUAUUUUUCUGUGGAAUAACACAGCACUGCAAAAUACUUGAUGUACUUUUUUAAAAAGGGAAAAAGGAUAGUUAUUUGCAUUUUAAAAUGAACUGUAGUUUUUUUUUCAUAGAACAGAAUUACUACUUAUGAUUCUGUUACUUAAUUCAUAUUUGUGAACAAUAAACAGUAAGUGAUUAGCUUAAGGGAGUAGUUGGCACACAUUUAUCAAUUAGCUGGCAGUCUCUGAAGUACUUUCUCAAUUUUGUUGUAAAGAUAUUAUUUCUUGCAUUUCAUUGAAAGGGAUUUAUUUAAUUGUAUUCACUUUAUAAAAUAAUAUUUAUUUUAUGUUUCCAUGUAUGCUCCAGCUAUUUUCACUGAAAUAUGAUAAAACAUAUUGUGCUACACUAAACAUCAUGAAAUAUUUGGUCCAGUAAAAGUGACCUUAACAUUUCUGUUUAUCAUGUCAGUAUUAGAAAACUGAUGGCCAUUUUUUUUUUAACGUUAAUACUGUCACUAUGUUUCUACAUAAAUUGUACAUAAUUUUCUGUAUUAUGAAUACUUUGGAUAUUUCUGUUUUGGGAUUUUAUAUAAUUCUAUACAAAUUUACCUACCAAUAGUCAUUUUAUGCUCCCGUAAUUGUUUUUCCUCCAUUCUGUAUUUAGCGCUUCUUUUUUUUUUAUGUCUCUACCUUAAUGUUUACAUCGUGCCUGGUGUGUUAAACAUUUCAGUAUAUGCAAAUGAUUUUUGGAUCUCUCAUAUGUUUCAUUUCUGUAAAAUAAUAAAGUAUUUAUAUUUUGAUUAUGAA